AUGUUAAGGCUUGGGAUGGGACUGUCCAUUGGAUUUCUGGUGCUAAUCUUCAUCCUAGCCCAUCUUUCCUGCGUCUACACUCGCCUCCGCUUCCCCGGAAUAUCAUCUUACCGGAUCUCCACCACCGCUACCACCCCGGCUACCAAUGAGAGAGGGCUCGAUGAAAGCAGUCUCAUCGCCUGCCCGAAACUCGUCUACUCCCAAGUGAAGGAGCACAUGAACGGCGGUGCGUCGAAGUCUACGGCUUCCAGCUGCUCCAUCUGCCUGGCAGACUACAAAGACACGGAUGUCCUGCGGCUGUUGCCGGAAUGUGGGCACCUCUUCCAUUUGGGAUGCGUUGACCCAUGGUUGCUCCUCCACCCGACCUGCCCAAUCUGCAGAAACUCGCCGCUCCCGUCUCCUCUGGUGGAGGUGGUUCCCUUGGCGAUCCAAAGCAAUUAA